GGCUCCAUCUAUCUCUCUUUAAAUUCCUACGAGAUAGGCAUAAUUAUUAUUAUACCGAAGAGAGCCGUCCUUGGCCCCCGAUCCUGUUCUAUUUAUUGUUUUCUUUUUUUGCCUUUCGAGGUUGCCUAUCACUUGUUUUUGUCGACUAUUAUUAGGCGCCUGAGGUGCUCUAGUGGUUCUGGUAGCGGCAUUUCAGGCAUUUUAGGCAUUUUAGGCUGCUGCAUAUCCCUGGUACCUGGUCUGAGGUCUCAUUGUGUCUUGUCCCGCGACAACUCUUUGACUGUCAGACUGAAAGACGAAGACAAGGCUGGUUCUAUUGUUCAACAAGAGUUGAGGAUUCCUGCAGCUGGUCAAACCCCUCGUACUCGGCUUAUAUUCCUCAUCGCCUCUGCGUCCUGUUCGCCGCCGCGACUACACCACCCUCAUCUCACAAUGAUGCUCAAGCGCAUCUCCACCCUGAUUCGAGGCGAGAAGGCAGGCGCAGAUGAUGCAUCGCAGGACAAGAAUUCGCCCGAAGCCCAGGUCGUGCAGGGAGUGAAAUCGUUCUGCGAGUCUGCUUCCGCAAAUUCUGGCGAAGAAGUCCUGCACCUCCCUACCAUCGUCGAGAAUGCUGUUGCCUCUCCUCAAGCUGCCGGCGCGGCUGCGAACCAAAUCCGGAAAUUCUUGUCUGAAAAGUACAACAACAAGCCCUCGAUCCAAUACAAUGCCAUCAUGCUGAUCCGGAUACUGGCGGACAAUCCUGGGCCAUCCUUCACCAAGAAUCUCGAUCAAAAGUUUACCGAUGCGGCCAAGCAACUCUUGCGGAAUGGUCGCGAUCCCAGCGUGAACCAGAUACUGAGGGAGACAUUGGAUGCACUAGAAAGGGAGAAAGCAUAUGAUACGAACCUCAACACCCUGUUUGCGAUGUGGAGGAGAGAGAUGACUAUGACGCAGCAGAACCCACACUUUGGCAACCGGGCGGUGCAACAGCAGCAGCAGGCGUUCAACCCAGGCUCGCAACAUGGCAGCCAUCGCUCGCGGAGUAGGACUCUUCCGCCACCUACGGAACUUGCUGCGCGGAUUGAAGAGGCACGAACUUCUGCGAAGCUACUGCUACAGCUUGUCCAGUCGACCCCGCCGAAUGAGGUGUUUAGCAACGACUUGAUCAAAGAAUUCGCAGACCGCUGUCAAUCCGCACACAAGAGCAUACAGGGGUACAUCAAUUGCGACUCACCGCCGCCCGACGACGACACGAUGCUCACCCUCAUCGAGACCAACGAGCAACUCAGUCUCGCAGCCAGCAAACACCAGCGCGCAGUCCUCGCAGCCCGCCGCGCCCUCGGCAUGUCUCCCUCCCCCAACAACAGCGGCGUAAUCACUCCACUACAACAAAUCUCCUCUCCACCGCCACAGCAAGAAAUCAAAGACCUCCCGCAUCUACCCCCCGUCAUCCAGACCGAGCCCAUCAUGUCAACAUCCUCGCCUCCCCCGCUCCAGCAACCCAAACCCCAGCACGCGCACCAAGCCUUCUCUCCCUCCCUCCAGACUGCUCCGCAGCACCAGCCUGCCGACGGCAGCUCCACAGAAGACCCGUUCUCGGACGACGCAUACGCCGCGCCAACCGGUCCGCCGCCCGCCCAUGCCGCGAGACUGGACGAGCCGCCCGUGACUGACUACACCGAGCCCUAUCACCCUGGCUACGGCGCACAGCAGAACGGAGACCCAGGCUAUGGCGCCGGAGCAGACACGGUGAGCACCAUGGGUGCGGAAACGAGGAUGGCGCCGGCAACGGGCGAGGUCAGUCCGAUUGCGGAGCGGCAGACGACGUAUGGGAAUCAGACGUACAGAUACUAGUUUUGAGAGAAAUUAGGUUUUUUUGUUUUUCACGUGGUAGUUAGGUGGUGUAGUGUAUCACAGCUCUUGUGGGAAUGAGUGAGUGCGUGAGAGAUUUAGCGUAUAUUACGUGCGAGAUAUCAGCGUCUUUCUUUUUUUUUGGUUUCUGGUGGCCAUGUGCAUGUUUUGGGUAUACAUAUAUAUGUGUGUAUAUACGCUAUGCUAUACCAUGUAUGGUACAUCUCAUGUUCAUCAGCGUU